AAUACUUUUUAAUCAAAGAAACGAAACGGACUAGUCCAACAAACCCUAUUAAUUUUUUAAGACGAAGCUUUGGAGAUAAUUUCUAGAAAUAAUAAUUAAUCUCCAUUUAGAGUUGGCACCACAAGGUCAAGAUCUAUAUAUCUAGAACUUUACUUUGCAGCCAUCUUACCCAAUAUAACUAGAUCUAGAAAGUUUUUAAAUAUUUAAUAUAAUUAAGAUGGCGUCGGAUUCUAUUGAAGUCAGGACCUCAAAUACAUGUGAAACUGUAAAAGAGGAAGACGAUGAUAAUGCCUUAAACGUAACGGAUAAAAAACAAGUUGAACAAAGAGAAGAAGAAAAGUUAAAAAUGAAGUAUCCUAAUUUGGCUAAAGGAGGUGGUGGAUCAGCACUUUUAAAUAAAAGACUUCAAAAGGGAGGACAAAAGUAUUUUGAUUCUGGUGAUUAUGCUAUGGCUAAAGCAAAGCUUAGUGCUAAAUCUAAGCCUCCUCCUCCACCGGAGAAAAUAAUCAAGGCAGAAGCUGUUGGUGAGACAAUACCAACUCCAGAAAAUAUUCAGGCUAGAAAACCAUCACUUGUAACAAGUAAAUUGGCCACCGGCGAGUUAAUAUGAUGUGUUAGUUAAUGAGUUCUUGCAAACAAAAAUAUUUUUCUAAGGAAGACAACAGUGGAGAUCUUUUCUUGAGGAAGAUAAUGUGAAUUAAGUGGAAAUAAUGUUUUGCUUUUAUUAAAAGUUGUGUUGUGUUUUGUGGUGUAGAAAACCAAAGUACCGGUAAUAAAAAAACACAUAAUUUUUCACUUGGUGUUAAGGUCUAAACACUUACACAUUGAAGUUUCUGACUGAGAAUUGAAACACAUUUUCUUUCUUUGAACUUAAUGUUACUAUUGAAGUCACUAGCUGAUAACAAAAUAUAAUAUGAAAAAAAAUAUUUUUUCCUGAUUGUGUUUAUUCAUCACAUAGAAUAGACCUUAGUGUGUUCAGUUAUUUGGAAAUGUCUUUCAUGGGUAGUUUUCAAUAUAUUAUUUUUAUACAGUUUUCAGGAAUAUACAUUUGAAAUUCUUAUUGAGAAUAACCAUGAAAGCUCUUUCAACUCAUUGGAAAAAAAUGUACCAAAAAAUUUAAAAUAUUUUUGUUUUUUUAAAUUCUUGACUAUAUUUUAAUUGGCAACUAUUCCAUAAUCUUGUAAGAUGUUUGAUUUUGGAAAAUGCAGAAGAAAUGCAUUCACUUCUUCACUUUUGAUAUGUUUUUCAUGUUCAGUUAAUCUUUGUAAAAAUGCAUUUUAAGAUCCAAGACAAAUUUAGCACACAGGGCCAAAAUGUUAAAUUUUCUAAAUUUUCUUUUCCCUGGAAUUAUUUUACGUAACUUGUGCAACCGAUUCAUAAUUUUUAAAACUCAAUCCUAUAAUUCUAACAUGGUUAAUCAAGACAAUUUCCAUAUAGAUCUGAUUUGGCAGUAUUACUUAUGAUGUCGAAUAAAUUAAUCUGGUUGCUCAUUUGACAUGUAUUUAUAUAAAAGGAAAAUUACUUAUUGUAGUUAGCAUUUUUAUUCCACUUCUCUAAGACGCCCUACAAAUAAAAUAUUAGAUCUAUAUAUAUUUUAAUUAAAGUAAUUAUAAACAGGUCCAAGAACAUAUUGAAAAAAAAAACAACUAAAAAAUGAUGUCACUUUCUUUUCUCCUGGGUGGGUGGGGGGGGGGGGGGACUGCUUGAUAUGAUGAUCCUUCUAUUAUAAUAAUUUUAUUUUUUUUUAAUAAUUUUUCUGUUACAGAUCAACAAAAUAGAUGUUUUCUUCUCUAUGACCAUCA